AUGCUAUCCACUGGAAACUUUACUCCUGCAACUUUCUUCCUAACUGGAGUUCCAGGACUAGAAGCUUUUCACAUUUGGUUUUCGAUCCCUUUUUGCUGCCUAUGUGUUGCCUCCCUAUUAGGCAACAGUACUAUUUUGUAUGUGGUGGUCACAGACUCAAGUCUCCAUGAGCCCAUGUACUAUUUCCUCUCCAUGCUCUCUGCCACCGAUAUGGGCAUCACGAUUUCUUCUCUCCCCACAACUCUGGGUGUACUCUGGUUCAACGCUAGGAUUAUCAGUCUAGAUGGCUGCAUUCUUCAAAUGUUCUUUCUGCAUGGAUUCACCCUCAUCGAAUCCUCUGUGCUUUUGGCCAUGGCUUUUGACCGCUUUGUUGCCAUCUGCAACCCUCUAAGAUAUGCUAUGAUUCUAACUAACUCUAGAAUCAUCAAAGCUGGUGUGGUGAUUUAUGUCCGAAUGUUGGUCAACUUGAUGCCCUUGCUCCUACUUCUUAAGCGGCUGUCCUUCUGUGGGCCUAAUGUUCUUUCUCACUCCUACUGCUACCAUCCUGAUGUGCUUAAGUGUUCUUGCUCAAGUGUCAAGGUGAACAGCAUCUGUGGCUUAGUUGCCCUCAUUCUGACAUCAGGUAUAGACAUUCCCUGCAUUUUCCUUUCAUAUGUGCUGAUUAUCAAGUCUAUUCUCAGCAUUGCCUCUCCUGAAGAGAGAUCUAAGGCAUUUAGCACCUGCAUUUCUCAUAUUGGUGCUGUUGCAAUUUUCUACACACCCUGGGUCAUAUUGGCUUUGGUGCAUCGGUUUGCCCAUAAUGCUCCUCCAUAUGUCCAUACACUGAUGUCCAAUAUCCAUUUCUUAAUUCCUCCAGUGAUGAACCCCAUCAUAUAUAGUGUGAAGACCAAACAAAUUCGUAAAGCUUUCCUCAAACUGUUUCCAAAGAGAGUAACCAGUAUGAGCAUGCACUGA